AUGGCACCAUGUGCGACAUCGGCGCGCAUAGGCAUCAUCCGGCUCGGCGGCGCCGGGUCUGCGAGUGACCCUCGCCGACCAUAUUUAUCAAUAACCGCAGGCAGAGAUAAUAGUCGUGUAUUUCAAGAUGUCGAAAGCCGUCUACGCAAAGCUGUGGAUGGCCACAUCCCAGUACCACCUGAGGAGAACAUAUGGAUGGAUGCACGUCUGGUAGGUUUUAAACCAUCAUGA